AUGGAUAUGCCACCAAUUCAUAUGUGUGUAUUUCUCAAUUACGAACAUGAACAGUUAAAAGCAGAAAUUCUCGAAUUGGAAAAUCAUAUCACCCAUCUGGAAAAGAUCCGCAGUGAAAAGAAAUCAGAUCAUCAUUAUUCCUGUUCGAUUUCGUGUCAAACAACGACCCCUGCUCACCAACAACUGAACCUUCUUCCACAUCCCGUCAGAUCUUCGGCAGAUGAAGAAGCUCAUUUACAUCGUCUUGUGAAUGCUCAAAAUGAACUACUGAAAAAGUACGAACAAGAUGCGAUUGUCAAUCGUCAUCAGAGACAGUUGCAAGUUUCGCCACCGAGCGCUCUCAUCCACGAUUAUGAACGACGCUUGAUUCGUUCUCAAAAAGCCAAAGAACAGGCUGAACAACGAGCACUCGCCGCCCAAAAGCGUAUGAGUAAAUUAGAAGAACGAUACGAACAUAUGCGUCGAAAGAUGAGCGUUUUGGAUGACGGUUUUUUCGAAGAAGUCAACCAACUAAAAUUUGCCGUACAGCAGGCCAUGGGUCUCAGUCGAGAAUACGAAAAAACUAUUCAAAUGUUGAGCGCUCAACUGGGCGUCACCUACCCAGUUGAAGAUUCCUAA